ACGUUCUCGCUGCUCCCGGAAGUCCUGUUGGGUAAGAGGCUGAGCAGCACUGGUGGGGGAGGGUGGUGUGAUGAAGGAAGUUGCACACAUCUACACUUCUCGGAGUGAAGGCGCUGGCUGCCUCCUAGCGCAGUGAGAAGAGGACUGGAGUUGCUUGCUUUCUCCUAGCCGCCGGAGACCCAGCCUGGGAGCGAUGCAGCCACCGCUGCUGCUGGGGGCCCUGGCGGUCCUGCUGGGCGUGGUUGGGGCACUGGAUCCGGCCCUGGAGGAAAUCUGGAGGGGCUGGAAGAGCUUCCAUGGGAAGCAGUAUCCUGAUGAGGCGGAAGCUUUCCGCAGGGCCGUCUGGGAGAAGAACCUGCGGCGGAUUGAGCACCACAACCUGGAGGAGACUCUGGGCAAACACGGCUACCGCCUGGAAAUGAACCACUUCGGGGACCUGACGGACGAAGAGUUUAACCAGCAGCUGAACGGUUUCCUCGCCGACGCCCCCGAGCGACACGGCGGGAAGGCGGCUCUUUUCCACGAGUCGGCUGCUCGGGAGACUCCCAAGGAGGUGGACUGGCGUGCCAAAGGUUAUGUCACGCCUGUGAAAAACCAGGGCCACUGUGGGUCCUGCUGGGCUUUCAGCGCCACUGGAGCCCUGGAGGGCUUGGUCUUCAAGAAGAUGGGCAAACUGGUGUCGCUGAGCGAGCAGAACCUCAUGGACUGCUCCCGGAGGCUGGGGAACAGCGGCUGCCACGGGGGCUACAUCACCCGGGCCUUCCAGUACGUGCGGGACAACGGGGGCAUCAACUCGGAGCUCGUCUACCCCUACCUGGAGAAGGAUGUAUUCAGCUGCCAUUACAACACCCAGGACAAAGCCGCCAACUGCACCUCUUUCCUGCUGGUCCCUCAGGGCAACGAGACGGCUCUGGAGCAGGCGGUGGGCACUGUCGGCCCCGUCUCUGUUGCCGUGGAUGCCAACAACUUCGCCUUCCACUUCUACAAGUCAGGUGUCUUCGCCAGCAGCCAGUGCAGCAACAUCGUGAACCAUGCGAUGCUCGCUGUUGGCUACGGCCCCUGGUCUGAGCAAUGGGGCGAAAAAGGUUACAUCCGCCUGGCGAAAGGAGUCGACAAUCACUGUGGUGUGGCCAAUCAAGCAAGCUACCCUGUCUGGUAG